CGUCGAUGGCAGCACUGCAUUGACAUGAAAUCAUCAAUUUCUCUGAAAUAAAGUCCAUAUCAUGAUUUGAUUCCAUUUGAAAUGGAUCCUCCACCUUGUGGACGAGUUCUUCUGACUGGAGAAGGAGACUUCUCAUUCGCAUUUGCCUACGCCCUCCAAGCAGACGACCCAACCAGAAUCAUUGCCACUUGUUAUGAUGAUGAAGAGGCCAUUACCAAACACAAGGGAGCGGAGAAAAACAUUGAGCUGCUGAAAGAUCUAGGUGCCACUGUGCUGCUGGGUGUCGAUGCAACCAGACUCCAUGAGAAGCAGAUCCUACAACCAGAUCAGCUCUUCUCUUGUAUCAUUUUUAACUUCCCCCACAUUGGAGGCAAAUCAAACAUCAAGAAGAAUAGGGCUCUGCUGAAGGAUUUCUUCAUGAGUGCUACUCGGGUUCUCAAAGAAGAUGGUCAAGUUUGUGUGUCCUUGUGCAGAGGUCAAGGAGGGACGCCAUCUGACCAGCCACGCAGGGAAUGGCCGAAUACCUGGCAAAUUGUUUCCAUGGCAACAUAUGGAGGCCUGAUCCUGAAGGAGGUGAAACCAUUUCGGGUGGAGGACUACCCACAGUAUGCUUCUACAGGCUUCAGAAGCCGUGAUCAGUGGUUUAACACUAAUGAUGCUCUCACGCAUGUCUUCGUCAAAUCGUUGCCCAACCAAAGAAGCCAGAUUAGAAGUACAGUAGCUUCGCUCGGGAAAAGAAAGUAUCGCUGUCAACUCUUUGUAGCCCGGAAACUUGAUAUGUUGGCAGGACUGUCACACAGGAGUGUGUUAUGCUUGGACAAGAAGCACCCCACUGCGGCAACUCUGGAGACCGUCCUUAGAAAGGCUUGUGACGUCUUUACUUCGGUUAAAAUGUGUCUACCUCUCGAAGUGCCAAAUUUGCUUGAUACAGACAGCCCUCACCUAUGCAGUGACAUCAACAAAUACUAUGUAGUUUAUGAGGAAAACUUUUCAGAUGUAACUGAUAGUGACGGAAAACCUUGUCAAGAUACAGACAGAACUAAUAGUGUGGCUUCCUGUUGUGUAAAAGACUCCAAAGAUUGUAAUCCUGGUGACACAGGAUUAAAGAGACAUGUAUCUGAAGACAAAUUAUCAGAGGACGAGAACUGUCCGAAGGUGGUGAAAUGGACCGAUUGUGGAAAAUUAGACUUUCCAGAUUGUAUUUCAAAACAAUUAAAGGCUUUAGGUGUCCGUGACGUACAACCCAGUCAGGUCAAAUUGAUACAGUCAUCUCUACUUGAGUACUUCAUGUCAGUGUAUUCACAGGGGUCUGAGAUCUGUGAUGGCCAAGCAAGUGUUUUCACUGGGGUUGUGUUCGAACGUUGCCCAGUCUUUGAAAACAGGUACCCUGCUCGGCGUGAAUUGAUGAUUGUUAAAAAGAAUGAAAAUGAAACAAGUUUUGUUGAAUUUUCUGCCAAUGUUCUGAAGUGUGUUCCUGAUUUCGUAAAAAAUGGAGUAAGAAUUGUACGCCAUAAUGAAGCAGAGUUUGACCAUAUCGUCUGCUCUGAAGGGUUUGUUUUCCAGUCAUGUCAGUGUGAGGCGAGGAUUGUGAUUGGUGUUGAUUAUAAUGCUGAUCUGACCGACUUGAAGGCAUACGAGCCAUGUUCAUCCAAGGAUGUCAAGAUCAUGGAUGAGAAGUCUAAAUUCAGUCCUGUUGGACAUAUUGGACUUUUCACGCCGACGAUUGUUGUCGACAGUAGCAAGGAUAGCUCCUCGUAUUCAUACUUGGUGUUCGAUUUGGAUAAACUAACAAAGGAAAUGUGUGGUGUUGGUGAGCUGCGUUUGUUAUGGUCGGAGGAUCAACGGAUCUUAGCUUCAAAUGCUGAGGCAAACUUGAGCAUUUUUCAAACAGAUGACAAUGGGGAUCAGCAUACAUGUAUGAAUGCGGGCCAAAUCGAAGCUGUCAUCACUAAAAAGGUUGGACUGAAAUGUAAUUCCAUUGAUAAAACAACUUGGAAGGAUUGCUCUCUACCUGAAGUGCAGGAUUAUGAGUAUGACCGGUCUCUACAAAAGGCUGUGCCAUUGAGUCUGUAUCCAAUCAAACAUCGUCAUGAUGUGACGUUCUGGGAAAAUCGUCAGGACGAUUUUGAUGAGCAGCUGUUCUUUGAUAGCGUUAGAAAUGUAGCAGACGACAAUGUGAAAUCUGUGACUCUUGUGAAUGAGUUCGAUCACAGCCAAUAUGGACACAGUCGCUGUUAUCGGCAGAUAUACCAGUCAUGCGAUCGAGCGCUGCCAUACCAUAUGUCACAUGACUUGCAGAAUUCGAUCCGUUUGACUGUUGAAGCAGAACAAGGUGUGACACUCAGAUAGCACGGUGCAACU